AUAUGAGACGUGACGUCCAAGCUAUCUUCAGAAAAACUCCACACAAUAAACAAGUCAUGAUGUUUAGUGCAACUCUGAGCAAAGAAAUUCGACCGAUUUGCAAGAAAUUCAUGCAAAACCCACUUGAAAUCUACGUUGAUGAUGAAACGAAAUUAACUUUACAUGGCCUCCAACAACAUUUUGUGAAGUUACAAGAAUCCGCUAAGAAUCGCAAACUUAAUGAUCUUCUAGACACACUUGAAUUCAAUCAAGUGUGUAUUUUCGUAAGAUCUGUUUCUAGAGCCAAUGAAUUAAAUAAACUUCUUUGUGAUUGUAACUUCCCAAGUAUUUGUAUUCAUGGUGGCAUGAAACAAGAAGAAAGAAUUGCGAAAUAUAAGUCGUUCAAAGACUUUCAGAAGAGGAUCAUGGUAGCUACAGAUGUGUUUGGUCGUGGUAUUGAUAUCGAACGUGUGAACAUUGUCGGACGUGCCGGACGUUUCGGAACUAAAGGUGCUGCGAUCACGUUUGUUGCUAAUUCUGAAGACGCUGAAAUUUUGAACAAAGUUCAAGAACGAUUCGAGGUGGUUAUUACCGAGCUUCCAGACGAGCUUGAGAUUAACAAUUACA